AUGGGAAGGACUCGUCGCUCCGAUAGAGAGAACAAUAAUGAUGGCAUCAAGAAAGGACCUUGGACUCUUGAAGAAGACAAGAAACUGGUUCGACACAUUCGUAAACAUGGCCAUCGGAGCUGGAGGGCCCUUCCCAAGCUUGCAGGUCUUAACAGAUGUGGCAAGAGCUGUAGGUUAAGAUGGACAAAUUACCUGCGCCCUGACAUCAAAAGAGGGAAAUUUUCCCAGGAGGAGGAACAAACAAUUGUACACCUGCAUUCCAUCCACGGAAACAGAUGGUCAACCAUUGCAACCCAGCUUCCAGGAAGGACGGACAACGAAAUCAAGAAUUUCUGGAAUACCCAUAUGAAGAAGAAGCUAUUGCAGAUGGGUAUUGAUCCAAUGACCCAUAAACCAAGAACUGUGAACUCGCCAUCUAUUGACAUUCCCUUAUCAUCAUCAUCAUCAUCUCCAUCUCCAUCUCCAUCUUCUACUGGUGGUUUGGUUUUGCAGAAUAUCGUGACGACGACUGGGAGUCCUUUGGGAUUUAGCCUUCCUGGGAAUAUAAGUAGCCCAAGUGCAAACUUUGAAGGAUCAUCGUUAUCUCCAUCCCCAACUCCUUCCACUGAUAAUUUGGUUCCACCAGAUUUAGUUGUAACUGGUGGUGAUGCUUUGGGAUUCAGCCUUCCAGGGGAUAUAAGAAGCCCAGAAAACUUUGAAGGAUCAUCUUCGUAUUGGCUUGAACUUCUUCUUGAGGAGGAUUCAUUCUUGGAAUGA